AUGGCUUCCGCCACUGGAGAGGGCCCUUUUCCCCAGCCAAGUGUGGACGUAGGCCCGGCAGAGACCUCCAAACGCAAUUACGACAACGCUGGCCCCCGAUCGACACUAUGCGAUGACAGCCGGGUAGCGACGCCCAAUAGCUCUGGUUCUGGGUCGCCCUUUGUACAAGAUCCUGGAGGCAGCAGACUCCAGCAGCAGCAGAAUAAUGAGACGGGGCCCAAUGAGCCGCCCAAGGCUCGGCGGGUCCGUACAGGCUGUCUAACCUGCCGAGAGCGACAUCUAAAAUGCGACGAGACGCUCCCUCGCUGUCACAAUUGCCGGAAAUCCGAUCGGGUCUGUCGACGCGGAAUGCGCCUCAACUUCAUCGAUACGCAGAUGGUCGCGCCGCCGUACGAUAUAACCCGUCCGCCAGGGACCCCAGUGACCUUUCAAGAUGAGUCCCGGUACAUCGCUUCGGAGUAUGUCGGUGGGUUUGAACGAUAUCCCCCUCUAGAGCCCGAUCCUCCGAUAGAGAGAGAAAAGCAAACGCAGUUUGAUUAUGUCGGAAUGCUGGGCCCUACGACGCUCUCGAAGCAUCAUCUCUCAGCUACCGGGUCAUUGCUGUCAGCUUUUACAGGGCCGUCACAGUCAGAUACGCCCGAUCUGAUUUUUGGCAGCCAUGCCUCGCAAACGGCCUUCUCAGACCAGGUGUUGGCGCAAGCCCCGUUUCAUCCGCUGAAGCCGGUCGAUCAGAAUUCCACUAGUCGAUCCUUUCUCAGUGAGCCCGAGGAGGUUCUUCUCAUGCAGGUGUUUGUGGAGGAAAUCGGUAUAUGGAUGGAUUCCAUGGAUCCAAUGAAGCAUUUUACGACGAUUUUACCAUUCCACGCCUUGGAAGAACCUAUGCUGCUCAGAGCUUUCAUGGCAUGUGCUGCCCGGCAUCUCUUCCUUGUCAAUCCGUCGUACGGCGAGCCCAAAGCAUCCUACUACUACGAUGCGGCCUCCCGAGACCUGCUGAAUUACUUGCAAGACCCCGAUCGCGACUCGGUCUUAUGUGCUACGACGGCCAUCAUUCUAAAUGUCUACGAAAUAAUGUCUGGCCAAGAAAUGCAUCGAAUGACCCACAUCGCCGGCGCGAGAGCCCUCAUCAAGGAGUGCCAGUGGGAUGCGAAAUCGCCGGGCCUGGGCAGCGCAUGCUUCUGGUUAAAUAUCGGGAUCGAGCUCAUGAGCUGUCUUCAUUACAACUGGACCUUGGCCUGGGAUCCGGACACCUGGGGUGUGGACAUGGACAUGGAGCAUGCGCAACCUUCCUUCGCGGGGAACGAAGAACUGUGGACAUAUCGCGUGCUGUACAUCUGCGCCAAGAUCGCCAACUUCCGCUCCUCCAUCCCUCAGUUCCAGGUGCUAGAUCGCUCGGCUCAUGAUCCGCAGCUUACCGAGCGGUUCCAGGAGUGGAACACCUACAACAGCUGGUGUGAUCAAUGGGCAAAAGCAGUUCCCCGAUCAAUGACACCACUUGGAUAUAUCCCGUCGUGGCAGACGAGUACCCGUUCUACCUUUCCGGAGGUCUGGCUCAUCAAACGAUCGUCGGUGGUGGCCCGUUUGUUCUACCAUACUGCACGUAUCCUGCUCGCCAAAAUCCACCCGUUAGAAUCCGAAUACAGUCCCGAAAUGCGCAACAUACAGCAGAUUCACGCCCACGAUAUCUGCGGUAUCGUCGCGCAUGUAAAAGACAGAGGAAUUUCAAGUAUUUCAAUCCGCUGUCUAGCGCUCGCCGCCGAGUGCCUCGUUCCCCGAGAAGCUCAACAAGAAGUCCUGAACAUCCUUGACAAAAUCAAUAGAGAAACCGGCUGGGCCGUGGAGACCAUCAAGGCGGAACUUCAAGAGACAUGGGGUUGGACUGUCCCUGAGACCCAUCCACAUCAUUCCUCUGCCUCUUUUAUCGGCGAUGAUUCCUCGUUGGCCACCUCUGUCCACGCUUUACAUCGACCCAAGACAUCAGCCGGCGUCGUCAAUCCCAUGAUGGCGACCGCCGACUUUUCCAUGGAGAACCACCCUUACCAGAGCCACUAUGUCGCGCCACACCAGCAUCUAGAGCAUUAUCACCAUUACGACACUUUCUGA